GAAAAAUUCCCCUGCGGCCCAAAAAGCAUUUUCACCAUAGGCCACCAUUUUAAAAGAGACUUCUGUAAAACUGUUGACAGGACACCUCGAACUGCAAACAGUGUCAAUUAUGACUCUUUCUUUUUGUGCAUGUUUGAUCUAUGCAGGUUUUCUAUUUGUAAAACCUUCCUCGAGCCGAGAAAAGCGAUUUUAAAAUCCGUGACGUCAUCACAAUGUAAAGUCUGCGCCAGGCGAGCAAUUUUCUCUGGAAUAAAUAGACACCAUUUUGGGCUCCGAUAUCCAGUUCAUAUAAUACAUCCAUGCUCCGCUCUGACGGUAACAGCUGACCAGCAGCAAACCAACAUAACGGUAACAGACGAAGCAGCAAACUAGCUAUAAUGAAGGACAACAGUUUUAGCCGAAUUUUUGUAAUUAUCUUGUGUGCGGCGACUUUUAUUGCCGUUUUAGUUGUUAACGCUUUGGCAGGAACGGGCAGAGGCCCCUUCCAUUCCACUACAGGUAAUGUGUCGGCCCACUAUGAGACAUACAUCACUCCAGCUGGCUGGACCUUCUCUAUCUGGGGUGUUAUCUAUACCUGGCUCACCCUGAUGGUCAUAUACAUCACUACAUAUGUAUUCAGAGGAUCCUGGGCUCAGUGUCUGCUGCCCUGUGCCUUCUAUUUUUGCUGGCUGUCCAACAUGAUGAUGAACAUGAUAUGGCUGCUGCUGUGGGACAGAGAGUUGAUGCUAGCAGCUCUGGUUGUAUUAAUCAUGAUAGCGAUUUCCAGCUACAGUGCAUUGUUCUUCUGUUGCUUUGCUACAGAUUACUAUGGACUCUGGUUACAGACAUACCAUCGCAAAGACCUGGCCUGUCUCACAAUACUGGUCCAGAAUGGUUUGGCUCUCUACACCACAUGGACAUCCAUCGCUUCUCUGAUCAACUUCUCAUUGGUUCUCCACCUGUGGGGUGUGGACAAGAGCACAGCAGCAACAGCUUCUCUGUGCAUCCUGUUUGCAGAGGUGGUGGGAUGGUUCAUCUUUCAGAACUGGGUGCUGGACCGUUGGGUGCGUAACAUCCUGACAGUCUACCCUGUGGUGAUUGUGGCUCUGGUCGGAAACAUCUUCAAACAUUUUAACCCAACUGAUCCCACUCCAAAUUCUGUGUUUAUGGUUGUACUGCUGGUGUUAACGUGUGUCCUGCUGGUUUUCCAAGUCUGCACUGUCAUCUGGAGAAACAACAGGCGGCCUCUCCACUCCCCGGGCUCAGCUCGGCUGAUGAUAUCACCCCUUGACAGCAGCAAAUUCAAGAUCUUUACUUAAACAAUAUGAUCUUGUACUGUACCUCCUGUCCCAAUGCUCAAGAGUAAAUCUGACAGUUUUAAAAUUAGGUUUUGCAUAAACAACAUAGAUUUUAAAAAAAACUAUAUUUCUUGCAAUGGAAUGUUUGAAAUUGGCUUAAAAAAGAAAGAAAAAGGGGAAGUGUUAAGAGUCUAUAAUGGUAAGGUAGAGAAACCUCUCUUCUCUCCUCUCAAACCGCAAUUAAGACAAUGUGACUACUGUAUAUGCUGUCUAUAUUGUCUAUAUGCAAAGUACUUUUUAUACAAAUGCAUGCAUGUGAUUUAAUUACCAUGUUUUGUAUUGCUACUGCAUUUAUGGCUUUUUUAUUUUGUAUCCAUGCACUGACAAUGGACUAUAUACUGUCAUUAUAUGUUGGCUUUUUGACAAUAUAAUUUGAAUAAGUGAGUCAUGUUUUCUAAAAGUACUUAAGAGCUUUGGUGAAGUCAUUCUGAUUUGCCAAUUAAAGCAUUGUUUUUCACAUCUAA